AUGACCACCACCCCACGCGACCUCACGGACGCCGACGGCGUGCUGCUGGACGCUUUCCGAGGAAGGUUCGGCACGCAGGGCGGCGGGCAGGAGACCACCGCGCUCACCGCCGUCACGCAGCUCACGCACCACGGCAUGCUCUUCGUGCCUCUGGGGUAUACCUUUGGCGCCGGCAUGUUCGGCGUCCACGAGGUCAGGGGUGGCAGCCCCUACGGAGCGGGCACCUUCGCCGGCGCCGAUGGCAGCAGGACGCCCUCCCAGGCAGAGCUCGCCAUAGCCAGACACCAGGGCACCUACUUUGCCGGCAUCGCCAAGAAGUUCAAGGCCGGAGCCACGGCCCUCGCCGCCGAAGCCUCAGCGUCAGCUUGA